GGAUGAUCUGGGUGGGACCAGCAUUAACACACAAUAAUCCUCUUUAGAUUUUUAUAUAUUCAUCUCAUCCAUGCUUUUACAGGCCUGCUUCUCUCGGAGAUCAGAGCACAUUCCUUCAGGCUGUAGACAGAUAAGUUAUUUCUAGCAAGAAGUUUCUGGUGUAAGAAAGGGGUUGUGUCACCAACACGUCAAUACCUGCUCAACCUGUUUCGCUGCUGCCUUUUUUCAAAUAGAAGAGCCCCUCACUUGCAAGAUCUUUCAUUACUCCUAGAGUUUCCUCUCUCAACUAUUGCUGAAAAAUGACAGCCUUCAAGGGAAUAUGGACCAGAGAAUUCUGGACUUCAAUGGCUGGAGAAUUCUUAGCGGUCUUCUUGUUCCUGGUAAUCAGUUUGGGAUCCACAGCAAAUAUGAAUCCAGUUGGAAACAGUGAAACCCAUAUUGCCUUCUGCUUUGGACUGAGUAUUGCCAUAUUAAUUCACUGCUUUGGACAUAUAUGUGAAGCCUUUCUGAACCCUGCGGUAGCAAUGGCCAUGAUAUGUACUAGGAAGAUCUCAGUGGCCAAAGGACUCUUCUAUAUUGUCGUUCAAUGCCUGGGGGCAAUUGCUGGAGCUGGAAUAGUGGCCCUUAUUACCCCACAAGACAGAUGGCCAGUCGGUGUCACCAAGGAGAAUGCAUCUAUCUCACACGGACAGGCUCUUCUGGUGGAAACGAUCAUCACAUUUCAGCUGGUCUUCACAAUUUUCGCUUCCUGCGACAAGAAAAGGAGUGAUAUUAAAGUCCCCAUUCCUCUAAUCAUUGGCCUUUCAGUCACCAUCGGACAUCUUUUUGCAAUUCAAUACACGGGUGCCAGCAUGAACCCAGCACGAUCACUAGCAACAAGCCUUGUGUUUAACCAGUGGGAUAGCCAUUGGGUUUACUGGAUUGGUCCAAUGAUGGGUGGUAUCCUCUCUGCUUUUGUCUAUCAAUACUUAUUCUGCCCAGAUCCUGAAAUGAAGUUUAAAGCUACAUUUACGAGACCUCAAAAUGAAGAUGAAUCUGUUCAGUUGACAGUGGUACCUGGAGGAGAAUAUAACAAGCUGACAUCCUCUGACACAUGAGACAAUGUUAUUCAGUAUGCUGCCAUAUGUUGGAAAUAUAAACUUUUGGACUUUAGUGCUCCAGUUCCUACUGAAGUACAAAUGGCCAACUUUGACUGAGGACCAAGUAAAAAGCUGCUUAUUACUACUGAAAUAAAGUCUUAUCUUUUUUCACUUGCAAAA